CGACGUCAUCAACCUCAGUCCGAAGCAGCAGGAGCUGCGACAAAUACGACGACGGCGGUGACUUGUUUGCCGGGGCACAGGCUCGUCAGGGCCCGACCGUUUUGGGGAGAGUAGGGGAAGGGACUGAGGGAGGUCCACACCAUCCAAAAUGGCAACAGUAGAUUCUGAUGGCCAGAAUCCUGCCUGCAAAAUAAUGACCUUCAGGCCAACCGUGGAAGAAUUCAGAGACUUUAACAAAUAUUUAGUGUUCAUGGAGUCUAAAGGUGCUCACCGCUCUGGAUUGGCAAAGGUCAUACCACCAAAGGGGUGGAAGCCCAAGACACAUUAUGACGACAUCGAUGAUCUGGUGAUCCCUGCUCCAAUUCAGCAGAUGGUCACUGGCCAAUCUGGUCUCUUCACUCAGUACAACAUUCAGAAAAAGCCAAUGACUGUAAAGGAGUUUAGACGUUUGGCCAACAGUGAUAAGUAUUGUACCCCGAGGUACAUGGACUAUGAAGAUCUGGAACGAAAAUACUGGAAAAAUUUAACGUUUGUGGCACCAAUAUAUGGAGCUGAUAUCAAUGGAAGCCUCUAUGAUGAACAUAUUAAUGAAUGGAACAUUUCCCGCCUCAAUACCAUCCUAGAUAUUGUAGGAGAGGAAUGCGGAAUCUCAAUUGAAGGUGUCAACACUCCUUACCUCUACUUUGGUAUGUGGAAGACAACAUUUGCAUGGCAUACAGAAGACAUGGAUCUCUACAGUAUCAACUACCUCCAUUUUGGGGAGCCUAAAUCUUGGUAUGCAAUACCUCCAGAGCAUGGAAAACGACUGGAACGACUAGCACAAGGUUUCUUUCCCAGCAGCUCGCAAGGAUGUGAAGCUUUCCUUCGACACAAAAUGACACUGAUAUCGCCAUCCAUAUUGAAAAAAUAUGGAAUUCCUUUUGACAAGGUUACACAAGAAGCUGGUGAAUUUAUGAUCACUUUCCCAUAUGGGUAUCACGCCGGUUUCAAUCACGGCUUCAACUGUGCCGAAUCAACAAAUUUUGCUACAGUCAGAUGGAUUGAUUACGGAAAAAUAGCCAAACUGUGUUCAUGCAGCAACGAUAUGGUGAAAAUAUCCAUGGAUAUCUUUGUGAAAAAGUUUCAGCCAGACAGAUACCAGAUAUGGAAACAAGGCAAGGACAUCUACAACAUUGAUCACACAAAACCCACCAUGGAAUCAGCAUCUGAAGUGAAGGCCUGGAUGUUGAAGAAGAGAAGAAAGAUGAAGAAUGGAACUAAAAGCCUUCGGCAUAGCAGAUCUCGUUCUAAGAAGCUUAGGACUCAGGAGGACAAGAAAGUAUCAUCUUUGGUAGUCGGAGGAGAAAUCAUAGCUACUGAAGCUGCUACAGAUGGUUUCAAGGUCAAUGAAAACCCCACAGAAAAAGCAAAGCUAGUAAACAAAGAAGAGCCUUCUGGGGAUGUGGAGAACAUUAGAGAAGUUCGUCUGGAUCACAGCUUAUUGAAUAAUAUCCCAGCCUCAGGUUCAGAGGAGGAAACGAUACAUGAACAAAAGGGUAACAAUGACCUCAAUUUGACUUCUUCUGGUUCAGAGGAAUUGUCUGGUUCUUUUGGUCCAUCUGCUGAAGUAAAUAUGGGCCAGGACGCAAAUUCACCGGAGGAGACGGAGCAGAAUGUACUGUGCCAAAAGUCACAGGCACUUGAUCCCCCUGAGGCUGAGAAAGAAGAAACCAGCAGUGUGUCCAGUGAGGAUGAAGCCAGUGACCUUGAGAUUGCAGAAGAAGGCCUGGAACCAGGGGAAGUUCCUAAUGACAUUGAUGAUGAGUUGGAGGGCUCUGGAACAACCACUACAUGUGUUACAAGUUGGAUAGAUAAGAAUUCAAAGAGACCACAGACAACAAAGAGCUGGCGACUUCCACUGGGUAAACCUCCAUCUAGAUCUCCAAUGACUGUCGUGAAGCAACAAGCCACAAGUGAUGAAGAAUUGUCUGAAAGUGCGUUAGUAGAUGACAGUGCAUGUGAAACAGAGCUAUGGGCCAAACCGCUUCGAUAUCUCUGGCAGACAAAGGUGCAAAAUUUUGCAGCUGAAAGAGAGUAUAAUGCAUCGGUUUCAAAACUAAAGCCAUACUGUGCUAUAUGCACUCUCUUUUUGCCUUAUCACAAGUCGGACACAUAUAAUGAUGACAUUCAGCUAUACUGGGAGUCUGUGUCGAAGGAAAUAAGUCCAUUGGAGCAUAGAACAAAACCUCUCAUCCCAGAGAUGUGCUUCCUGUACAGUGAAGACAAUGCAGAACACUCCCCCCCAAGUUCCUUUAUUGAGGAUGAUGGGCGAAGUCAGCUGAUUGCCUGUGCAAAGUGUUGCGUACAGGUCCACGCAAGUUGUUAUGGUGUUCCUUCCCAUGAAAUUCAUGAUGGAUGGAUGUGUUCACGAUGUAGAAUUGGAGUUUGGACAGCAGAAUGCUGCCUUUGCAAUUUGAGAGGAGGAGCUCUGAAGCAGACAACUGAUGAAAAGUGGGCGCAUGUGAAAUGUGCAAUUGCUGUUCCAGAGGUUAGAUUUAAAAACGUGACUGAGAGAUCUCAAAUAGACACCAGCAGAAUUCCACUGGAAAGGUUAAAAUUGAAAUGUGCGUUCUGCAGACAACGAGUGAAAAAUGUUUAUGGGGCAUGUAUCCAGUGCUCUUAUGGGCGCUGUCCAGCAUCUUUCCACGUGACCUGCGCUCAUGCUGCGGGGGUACUGAUGGAGCCCGACGACUGGCCCUUUGUAGUUUACAUCACAUGCUUUAGGCACCUGAUCAAUCAAAACGUGAGAAACAAAGCAAACAAAAAGCAAAUAUCCAUUGGACAAACAGUUAUUGCAAAGCACAGAAACACAAGAUAUUACAGUUGCAGGGUAAUCCAAAUAACCUCGCAGACCUUCUAUGAAAUUUUGUUUGAUGAUGGAUCCAUCAGCAAAGAUACCUUCCCUGAAGAUAUUGUUAGCAAAGACUGCCUUAAGCUGGGUCCACCGGCAGAAGGAGAGACUGUCCAGGUGAAAUGGCCUGAUGGUUUACUUUACGGGGCAAGAUAUCUCGGAAACAAUAUCGUAUAUAUGUACCGGGUGGAAUUUGAAGAUGGGUCCCAGAUUGUCACAAAAAGAGAAGAUAUUUACACACUGGAUGAAGAGCUCCCCAAAAAGAUUAAAUCACGCUAUUCCAGAGCAUCUGAUAUGAAAUUUGAAGAUGCCUUUUAUGGAGAAGAAGUGAUUCGUGGUGAAAAGAAACGACAGAGGGUCCUCAAUGUAAAGUUUAAGAAUGAAUAUGUUGAUGACCCUGGUUACCGUACGUUCCUCAAGAGUUCAUUCCAGAAAAAGUGUCAAAAGGGACUGUGAAAGGUAACAUCAUUACUGAAAAGGAACUUAAUUGGAACAAUAUGUUACGCAAAUUGCACUAGAGAAGAAAGGAAGACUGGCAUCUUAACAGGCUGGAAGCAAAGGACAAUGUACAUACAUACAUACAGGGGACUGGGGAAGAUUCCAGUGAAUACUCGUCAAACAGGAUUACAAGUCUGUGGCGUUUCUGUGAAUUGUCAGCACAACAUCUCAGUCACUGCAGCUUGGUAUGAGCUCCCCAGAACAGAUAUACCAUAAAUACAGCAAUCACAAACAUGUUUGGAAGUAAGUUUAGAAACUCAGGGGUCCGGUGUACUUCUCUUUCAGGCUUUCCAGGUUGAAGGCAAGUGUAAAAUCUAAAGAUCACCAUAUAACAGGAAACAAAUACCAGCAUUUAUUGCAAAGGAGUGCUUAUAGAAAUUUGUCAAAUAUUCAUCUUAGUCUUGGUUUCUUUGGAUAUGUUGUGAUCAGAAGUUUUAGUGUGUUUGUCAACAUCACAAAUCUCCAAAACAUUGUUACCCUCAUCUAUACACCUACCUAGAUCUUUCUGGGUCCUUUUGAUUAAUAAGGGCAAAUGACUACAAUAUUUUGAAUUUGUGUUUCUUCAUUCUGUGAUUGGCAUUUACCUUUUUUUGAGGGCCAGAUGUGUCUACAACAAAAUGCUUUGUGCACACCUGGAUUUUGAGCUUUGUGAGUUUCACGGGAUGAAUACAACAAGCCUGGCUCAUAGUUGGGAAUACAAUUAUUUACCUACAGUGCCCUGUGCCAAUACACACUCCAUUUACAGCAUAGUUAUUUUUGUGGAGCAAUAAGCAAUGUUUUCUGGAAAAAAGUAAUGUUUUGGUAUUUGUUUUUCCAUACUAUUUGACGUUCUGGUUUUACAGAGUAUUGUUUAGCAAAUAGUGCACAUGUACAUAUGGCUGUUAGAGGGGUGAGGACAAAAUGGUCAAGCAAAGUCACAUAAAUAAAGUACAAUUUGAAAUUGUG